UGAUCAAUCCACAGUGUGGCCUCUUUCUUCUCAGGGACCCACGAGCUCCCCAGAUCGGACAUCGGAGACGGGGGCAGCCCAGGGUGCAACGGAACGCCCCGGGCUCUGCGUGGGGAAGGAAGACAGUGAGAUGCUCUCUCUGGAGCAUCGUGGGCCACAAAAAAUUACCUCGGGGACCACAUGCGGCCCGCGGGCCGCCAGUUUGACACCCCUGCCCUAUACGGUCACCCCGAGUAGGCACCGACUCAGUGGCAGAGACUCGGCGGCGGGCCCUGAGGGGCCGGGGACGGGGGACACGCAGGCCACCCGGGCCUACAAGCAGGAGCCCGGCAGCCCCCCGCUGGUGCCCCUGGUGCCCGGGCUGCCCAGCUUCCCGGCGGCCCCGGGCGCCGUGUCCUGCCCCGAGUGCGCCUUUGCCAUCUGA